GUCUGAAAUUUUCUUGGAGAUAGUGUAUACAAAACUUAUUGACAAGUGGUUUAUGAUUUUUAACAAGAAUUGUUGUGGCAGUACAGUAGCAGCAGAUGUAAGAUGACCUAGAACCUUGCAAAAUCAGCUGACCGAAGAUGAUUUCUACAUCAAAGGGCGGGCGACCCAAGAAAAAGCCAGUGGAACGCCCAUUCUAUGAGAAACAGACGGAUAAAGAGACAAGUUCAGAUAUCAUCAAUCAAGCCAGAGUAUCUUUGAGGUCGGUUGUCACAGAACGGCCUUUCACACCGCAGACUAAUGAGCGACGUUUAUUCCCAAGGGGAGGCUCAGCAUCUGGUAAAACUACUGAACGUCCUCCCUCAGCAUUUAGCUUGGAUUCAGCACAUUUUGUUGGAAGUGAUUCACGUCCAAACUCGGGAAGUAGUCGACCACCAUCUGGGAGUGGAAGGCCGCCCUCUGGAAGUGCAAGGCUUCUGCCUCUAAAUCAUGUUCCUAAAAUUAGUCCAAGCCAAGCCGAAAUACUUGAAGUUUCUCCGCCAAAGCUACCCAAGCCACCUGGUGAACGACAGCUCUCAGCCAAAACGAAGUCGAGAUUAAAGCUAUUAAACAGUGAAGUCCCAAUACUUCCUCAACCAUUAGAAAGGCGGAAUUCUAGCCCCACAACACCCACCAAAUCACCGGCCGGUUCCAGACGAGUACACAGUGGGCCAAAGGAACGCACCAAGAAUUUCUAUGAGGAGAGGGGAGAAGGUGAAGGGGCAGAACAGGCAACCAGAGUUCUGUCAGCUGAGGGCCGGAUAAAUCAAAGCCGAAGUCAAAGGUCAAACAGCUGCAGCUCCGCCCGCAGUGAGAGUGGUUAUUCAUCUGACAGAACUACUAGAUCAGGUAGUGGAAGUCGAAAAGAAAAAGAGAGUCCAAAAGAAUCCCUGUUCUGGAACACAAAUAUUCAUCCUAUAGUCGAACAGCUUGUCCCUCAAAGCAAAGAUGUUGCUGAAAUUGACAGAAUGUGUGAGUUAUGUGAUCAGCUAUUCAUUGCGUUAUUAGACGCCAACAUGUUGGGUAAGACGGCCGUCCGAAGGAGUCAAACGCUGAAGACUGUCUACAAAUUAAUUGACCUCGGCUCCGCUACACUUUCACUGAAAGCUGCACGAAUUGUUUUAGCAUUUGAAGUUACUGGUUCAAAUUUGAUAACGUUGUGCAAACUCAUCUUUAAGAUAAGCAAGAAUAAAGAUAAUGAUGCUCUUUUCCAGGAAAACAAAAUACUAGAACUGAUGGUAAAGCUGAUAGCAACAACUGACCACCAAAAAGCGUCGGAGGCGUUGGUCUACUGCAUUGGCGCCCUCAAGUUUUUAACAGGGAACAAUACUGUUCUCAAAGAUCUUGCAGACUAUGGAUGUACAGAGGCACUGGCUAGACUGCUUAUCAAUAUCAAUACAGCUAUUAUGGAUGGGUCACACACAGGACAAGGUGUGCCGAACCUUUUACUUCAAGUGACUGGUACCUUGCGCAAUCUAGCGGAUAAAAGCGCCACUCGCGCCACGUUCAUAUCUUGUCAAAUUAUUGCAGAACUGUGCAAAGUUAUCGACGCAUUUCCAACGGAUGGAGAUCUUAUGUUUAAUAUAUCAAGAAUUUUUAGUAAAUUGACUCUGAAUCAAGAAUGUUGUACAAUUUUAACGAAUCAUCCAACAACGUUCUCUUCGUUCCUGAUGCUGAUGAACAAGCAUCUCACAAACAUUGAGCUGAUAGUCCGCCUCUGUUUCAUCAUGGGUAACUUGACAGCCAGGAACGACGACUGUCGCUAUUGUUUAUUUAGUACAGAAAAUGCGAUGGAGACAUUACUGUCGGUGUUCAGGACUUACUUUGAAUUAGAUAUAGUGAAUCAAAGAUCUGAGGAGAAAGUUAAAGGAAGUCCCAAGAAAAGUACAGAAAUGACAAAAGGACAAAAGUAUGAAGAUUUAUUCAUCAAAUUGAUCCGAGUGAUUGCAAAUCUCUCAAUCAACCAAGACAUCGGGCCUCUGAUUGCUUCUAAUCCCAACUGCGUCGAUCUUCUGUUGCAAAUUUUAGUGGAUGAGCUGAUGGUCACUCUUCUGGACUCUGGCAAUAGGGAGAUUGUUUACACUGCUUGUGGCGUACUCAUUAACCUGAUGACUGAUAGCGUUAGACGUCCCAUACUUAAAUCUGAGGGCGGUAUUCGCAAGUUGAUUGAUGUGUCACAUGACUUUGGACGUCAUGAUUGGCAGCUGGCUGGCAUGGUGUGCAUGAUACUGUGUAACUACAGCGAGAAGAUCACAUGUUGUGCGGAAUGUUUUGGAGAAGAAGAGACUGUUGAUCUCAUUGAACUGCUUGAGGAUUAUCUUGAUGAAGAAACACCUCAAGAAGCUCCAGAUGGCACUGACUGGGACGCAGACACCAUUGAGGUUAUGAAAUCAUACUGGCGGACGGAAUUCUACCCUGUAGCCACCCAGCUAUUGAAUCGAAUUGAGAACCAUAACUCAGAUCUUGUGCCACUGGUUGCACCAAGUUGAGAAUCGCCCCCUGACCUCAAAUUAUUCCAAACAUAAGCACAGCUUGUCAUGUGAUUGCACAUUUCAAACACAGGUUUUUGUGGUGUGACUGCCAGAUGUGUAAACAGGACCAAAUUUUAGAUAUCAUUUGUGUUAUUAUUUUUCUUAAGCCCUGUCCAGACUAUCAAAUUUUAUUUGACAAAAACAUGUGACAUGCCUAAAUAUGGUCAUGAUGACAUCACAUCAUGACCAUAUAUAGGCACAUCAUGACUAUAUAUGGGCACACAACAGUUUCUUGUCAAAGAAAAUUUGAUACUCUGGACCGAGAUUCAGACUUGAAUACUGUAGAGGAUUGUUAUGGCUUCCAACAAACAUGGAGGCUGUUUGAUCAGACACAGUUUAAUUGUCUGAUGAGUAAUAUAUAGUAUAAUGUACAUUUGUUGUACACCAGUAUAAUACAUCCAUGUGAGGCUCAUGCAACAUUUAUUUUGGCACCAUGCGGCUGCCCAGGGGCAAAACAAUGUAACUUACAUUUUUGUCGAUUUUGAGAUGAUAUAUAAUUUGAGAGUGCUGAAUUCACUCCUGAAUUACCUGUGAAAACUUGAGGUCUCAACAGUGAGUUAUUUUGGAGACAGUACCACCUAUCUUUAAGAACAAAACUUAAAAUCCAGUGAUUUUCUGUAACUGCAAGAUUACGGGGCAAAACAACGUAUUUACAAUGUAGAUACAUUUUUUUAUGUCUUGGAAUGGUAUUCAAAAAUUAUUUUGAGCUGAUGGAGUUUGGCAAGGCAAAAUCAACUGGUUAAUGGUGUUUUCAUAUCAAUAAUCUUAACAGCGACGUGUGAACAAGCUAUAGAUAAUGCAUGUUAUUGCCCCAAACAUGAUAAAUUCCAAAAAUAUGUCACACUUGCAACAAUACCAAACCUGACAUGUUUCCGAGGCAAAGCAACGUAUCUGUGAAUAUUGCUAAUAACUUUGCAAUAAACAAACGGUUGUAAUUAAAAUUUUACAUAUAAUCACAAUGUCUAUAGAUAUACAAGCCUGCAAAAUUUCAAAAAGGUGCGACAGUUUAUAACCAAGUUGCAAACAUGCACAAUUUAACUGUAUUUUUCUCCAAAAGUGAAUAUUUUGAGUUAAGUUGUUUUGCCACGGAAUGGCUGCCUGGCCCCUGGGUACCCAGGGCAACUUCGCAGAACAAGUACCAAUACGUUACAGGAUACAUUUUCACAUAUGAAGGGGUCUUAUACUAGGGAACAGUUCACUGUUUCAUGCUUAUACCGACAAAAAUCUGAAAGAUGUGUUUAAAGCCCAGGCUUUAGUUAAAAUUUAAAAAAAAUAUGUCUUGAAUGAUUUAGUUUUCCAGACGUGGUGAUUAACUAACAAAAAUUGUCACAGUAUGGAGUCAAUCAUAAAACACUGCUUUAAAAAUGAGAUGCAUGAAGUCUAGACUAACAAGGUCCAGAUCCAUGCAAGCAGCUCAUUUCACAAACAAUUAGAGAUGCUUUUUUAACGAGAUGUUGACACAAUCAAACCCUUAUAAAAGCCUUGAUUAAAUACUUGUUCCAUUCCUGAACUAAAAUAUACCUUGUACAAAUUAUAAAUCAGCCUUGGAAACCUGCAUUUUAGACACUUGCCAUUUGAUAAUAUAUUAUUAUUGAUGUAUUAUGAAUUUAUUGUACAAUAAGCAAACUAUUAUCAUUGUAAACCAUACAUGCUAGAGGAAUGUUAGAUUAAUUCACAAAAAACAUUCAUUUAGAGCCUUUUAAUGCCCGAAGGUAAUUAAUUGUGAAUGCAUUAAUCUCACCUAUUAUGUGAAAUAAUUUGAUCUAGUGUAUAGAUUACACGUAUAAUAAUUGCUUUCAGGUCAAUCACAUUCCCUUUUUAAUGAGCUGGUGCAUCUUUUCUCCUUGGUUUCUAUAGAAUUUUUUCGGUCAAGACUGAAGCAAAUUGUUUAAGUUAUGUAAGUUUUUCUGCUUGCUCCCAUGUAUGUAAAAACAAAGCCAUCACUUGGAAAUGCAAGCGCUGCUGAGUUUUUUUUAGUAGGCCUAGGCAGGGGGCUUAAUCAGUUUAGCAGUGUCAUAGAUAGUUGUAUCAAACAGGUUUGCUCUAUUUUCACCUGAACUGAAAAUCAAACCGUUAAUUAAGAAAAAUUAUUGGACGUUUGUGGAUAGGGAAAAAGAGGUAAAUUCAGUGACAUCACAUUUGACAUAUAAUACACAUCAAGUAGGCUCCGCUGGGGGAGAAAAAAAAAUAUAUUGUACAACUGAUUUUUUGAAGACACGAAAAGAGUGUUUGAAGAAAAACUUGAGAACAAUAAUACAAAUUUUUGAGUAUUUAGAUUUUUUUGGUCGUGGAAAAAUUUUAAAUUGCAAUAUGAUAAAUUUCAUAACACCUUGAAUAUUUUAGUCAUUCCUUUGUCCUAUUAUCAACAAUAAGUUGAAUAAUGAGAUAAAUUCUUGUUUUCAUAUAUUUAACUACAUUUAUUAAAUUGAGUUGAAAGUUGUUAUGUAAAUAGUCUGUUUUUAAUUUUAUGGUUUUUUUUGUACAAUAUUUUGAAGUAUGUGAUUAAGCAAUGUGUUUGAAGAAAUGUACAAGUGGAUUUUAUUUUUUUUUAUUGUGCUUACAAAAGUACUGUGUGAAUGUUAGUUGUAGUGGUUUUUGCUUGUAAAUAAAACAAUAUAUUUAGUUUGAGAGUAUUAUAUAAAAAAAAAAAGGCCAAAGACUAGAAUUUGUUGAAUUUUAAAUUUUACUAUAAUAUACCACGAAGUGUAAUACCACGGAGAAAAAUAAUUUCUUCCUUCGUAUCACUUUCAAAAUCCUUCUGAGAUUUUUUGUUUUUAGUAAUAGGCCUACGAUACCGAGUUUGAUGUACGUUUAUCACUUUACCUCAUUUCACCCCAUAGGCUAUAAAUAUUUUUUCCGAAUACCCAAGUUUUCACGAAUAUCCAGAGUUUUGACACAAAAUACCCGAUUUUUCACGAGUAUUCGAGUGACUUUUUUAUUUAACGGUUAAAUUAUGUAAAUUUUGGAUUUUGUUAAGAGAACAAAAUGUGUUUGAAAACCAGAAGUGAUGUACAGGAACAAUAUGUCACAAGUCUGCGAAAUGCACAUUGUGCGUGGUCUGAAUAAAGUAUAUAAAAACAAUUUUUCAA